ACAAAACGGUUAGAUUGUAAAUUUAUAUCGCAAACAUGUUUUGCGAACAUAUUUAAUUUAAUAGUUAUGAAAAUUCGAUGGAGAUCCAUUGAAAGUCAAACAUACAUAUUAGAUGUUUCUACUCGCCUCGACAUUUCUCAAUUCCUCAAUAUAAUAUGUUUACACCACUUUUUUGAAUAGUUCAGUUAGCCGUAAGCGAUUCAUCGGACAAGAUUGCUGGUUGUACGAGACAACACAGGAAUAAAUAAUCCAAUCAAAAUUAACUUUCUCUGCGCGUUUGAACUGCACUCGAAGUGACUUUUUCACUCAAUCCGUUAUAGCGUAAACAGAAUUGCGUAAUAAUCAUUCCAAGGUAUACUUGGCGCGACAGAUAUAUGCUGCUAUCUGCAAAACCGGUUUGGCUACUUUAGGAUCACUCUCUGCCAUAUUAUCUUCUAAGAUCAGAUACCUGCCAGCAUCCAGGCUCAAAGCAGUAAACAAUUCUGCAUGUAACAUGUACAGAAAUUUCAAAAUUUUCAAAUCUCAAGAUGUCAAACGGAGUGUCGGCCGGACAACGAGCUCUUUAGUUGCUUGUAUCGAGUCUGAGCUAGCAGCCAUAGUCAAAGCUGGUACGUGGAAAAACGAGCGUAUAAUCGCCUCGCCUCAACGAACGAAGAUCACACUAUCAAAUGGGAAGAAGGCGCUCAAUUUCUGUGCCAAUAAUUACCUGGGCUUAGCAGAUAACAGGGAUGUUAUUAACGCGGCAAAGAUUGCGUUGGAUAAGUACGGUGCGGGUUUGAGUUCUGUGAGAUUUAUAUGCGGAACGCAAGAGAUACAUGUCGAAUUGGAGAGGAAGAUCGCCAAGUUCCAUGGCAGAGAGGAUACGAUACUCUAUGCGUCCUGCUUUGAUGCAAACGCUGGUAUUUUUGAAACUCUCUUAACCACCGACGACGCGGUGAUAAGCGAUGAGCUGAAUCACGCGUCUAUCAUCGACGGGAUACGAUUGUGCAAGGCGAAAAAAUACAGGUACAAACACAGAGAUAUGGCGGAUUUGGAGAGUAAACUCCAGGAGAGCAAAUCUGCACGUUUGCGUCUGAUCGCAACCGAUGGAGUAUUUUCCAUGGAUGGUACCGUUGCACCAUUAUCGAAGAUAAUCGAGCUUGCCAGGAAGUACGACGCUAUCACGUUCGUAGACGAUUGCCACGCUACUGGAUUCUUCGGUAAAACCGGCAGAGGUACAGAAGAGUAUUUCGAUCACCUGGGAGACAUUGACAUCAUUAACUCCACGUUAGGAAAGGCUCUUGGAGGAGCGGCGGGUGGUUACACGACCGGCAAGAAAGAAGUUGUAAGUCUGUUGAGACAAAGAGGCAGACCGUAUCUGUUUUCGAAUUCGAUACCUCCGCCUGUUGUUGCAUCAGCAAUUAAGGUGAUGGAUCUUAUAACAGACAGCACGAAGUUUUUGGAUCGCUUGGCAGGCAACACCGAGCAUUUCAGAAGUGCGAUGACCACGGCUGGCUUCACUAUCAGUGGCGAUAACCAUCCUAUCUGUCCUGUUAUGCUAGGUGACGCAAAAUUAGCAACAACAUUUGCAGAUAAAAUGAUGGAAAAAGGAAUUUACGUCAUUGGAUUCAGUUAUCCGGUGGUACCGAAAGAUAAGGCAAGAAUACGUGUUCAGAUUAGUGCGGCACACUCGGCCGAGGAUAUAGAUUGUGCCGUUGAUGCUUUCACACAAAUUGGAAAAGAACUUGCCGUGAUUUAAUAAAUACAUUUUCUGGCAAAGAGAAAUUUAUCUGUCUUAAAUAUGCACACUCUGUUUCAUUUAUAAUAAAUAAAUAAAUCGCAACUGUUAACUAUAUGUUAAAGCUGAUUUGCAUUAUAUAAAUUAAAUAUUGCAAGUAUGUGGUGCAUGCGAAUGUAACAUUGAAUUUAUUAACACGUGCAGUAACAAAUAUCUUAAUCGAGCUAUAUUAAAAGUGUUCUUUCCUUCCCUUUUAUACAAAUUUUCAACGCGCGAGGUUGUAAGUGUAUAAAACCUUGAAUUACAUGUAUAGUGUUAUAUUGUUAUUAAACAUUUAUUACAUGGAU